CUGGAAAGGAUGGAGGAGUGUCGUUGCUACACUAGCAUGUAUAUAUACGAGAGCCCACGGGAGCUCCCACACCUCUCCUCCCUCCCUUUCUCGUUCUGAUCUUCACGGAAUCAACUGCCAAUCAACAAUUCCCCCAAGCCACCCACCGUAACAUCCUUCUCUCCCGUUGCCGUUGCCGGUCUCAAAGAAACAUUCAAAAUGAAGUUCGCCGUCGCCCUCUCUCUGGUCUCCCUUGCCUUUGGCUCCGUGCUUGACAAGCGCGAGUGUGCCGGCAACAACUGCAACCGUGCCGUCACCGGCACCCGUGAUGGCCUCCCGGCCAUGAGCCUGCGGUCCGCCGACUGCGCCAGCUUCCUGCUCACCACCGUCACCCCUGCGGCUGCCACCAUCACCGUCACCGUCUACGACGACGACGCACCCAGCUCCAAGCGCGACCUCAUCGCCGCCCGCCAGGCCACCGUCACCCCCACCGCCAUCCCCCAGUACGCCACGGCCUGCUCGGAGGCUCCCCGCUACGCCUCGGCCUGCUCGUGCUUCGGCGUCACCGGCUCCGUCACCACCGCCCCCACCCCGACCGUCACCGUCACCUCCACCAUCGACUACUGCGACGACCUUUAAGCGGGUUGUCUGUUGGGAGGAGCUGGCUGCGGGACGUGUGUUGGUUGUGAGACGAGGGAAGGGAACGAGAUGUCGGUGGGGUUGGGUUG